AUGACGAUACUACACGCCCUACAACAACUGCCCGCAGAAAUGGCCGCGGAAACGCUGGCCCAUGUCGAUCUGUGGACCCUGCAACAACUGGCCAAAAGCUGCACCACUUGGAGAAGUUUUCUGCUGACCCUUCCAACACCCUGGUGGACCCAGAAAUUGAAUCAGACCACCGUUGGAAGCGUCAGCCACGUGACCGCAGAACAGGCGGUGGUCUUUGGAUCGUCAGACGGAACUCCGGGCCUUCUGCCGUUGCUCUCAGACAUCCGGGACGUUCAAAAACGCGACUUUGCACUCGACACGCUCCAGAAACAGUCCGACUCGUCACGUGACCUUCUCGACACUUUCACGCCCAUUGUAUCCCGUGGGUGGACCGAUUACGAGCUCUCUGAGGACGACGAGCUGGUUCCUGUCGACAUGGUACGGGUUUGGGAGGCUGGAUCAGUUUACGAUGAGAUGGCUGAAACAUGGGCAGAGAAAACUAUUGCUCGGCUCGAGUCACGUGAUGGAACCGUUACUGUGUCUAGAAACGGCGUCUCUAUCACCGUUGAAAGUUCCCCGUUGAUUCUGCUUCAAAGAAACAAGAAGCAGACAUUUUUGCAUGAUUCUGAUUCUCUGUACUGGGUCGAUUGGCACCGAGAACGAAUUCUGAGGCUGGUCAAGACCAGCAAUAUGUCCGACUUGGGUCAUGUGUGUGUCAUCUCUGGCCACAUUAUAUGCUCUUACUCUGACUCUCUCGUUGUAAUUGAGUCUCAGUAUCCUGAGGGAGGGUCUGGCAGCAAGGUGGGUCAGAUCAUUGAUCCCAUCUCCUCCGCAUGUUACCGAGUCCCUCUUCCAGCGAAUCUCAUUGACAAACAGACCCAAGGUCAUGUGACUGUUUCUGGACAGCAUGCUCUCUUCCUCUUUUCCACUCCUCAUGUUCGUGGUUUUGUGGUUGAUUUGAACAAAAAAACCGUGUACAAGGCAGAUAUUGGAGAUUUGGGCUGUCAGAGUCCCAUCUAUGGUCUCACAGAGGGUCUUGGUUUAUCUGUUGAUGUUGUUGGGCUCUCCGAGUGA